GAAAAUUCAUGUAAACACAGCACAGUGCCCUUCCCACGGACACAACGUUGCGAGUCUAAGAGCCUAACCACUAGUCACUAGUCCACCGACACCACUCUUAUUAUUAUGUGUAGUGUGUAGUGUGUCGGCACUCGAAGUAAUUCAUGCGCACAUCUUCAGCUGACUAGCGGGUCAUUAUUCUGUCUUGCUGCCUGCAGGAUCGGUCUACCGCGGGGCUUAGAUGGGAGCUGGAAGGAAUCAAUAUUAUUAUGUAGAUCGUUAUUCCAGACGCAGCUGUUUCCCUAGCUUUCUGCGUGUUUCCCUCGCUUUCAGAGUGGUUGCUGUGCUUUUUGCCAGGAUGCUGGGAGGCAAUUUGUGUGUACGUUGCGUAGAUCUAUCAUAAUAUUCACUGAGGAUAUUGUUGUCAAGAUGCUACAGAUCCACAAGUCUUCAUCCUCACAUAUACAACCAAAGGAGGUCCUUCAUUACAACAACUCAACGUAACAAAGGAAAAAUCUCUACCAACGAGUGCUCAAAUCUCACCCAGGGUCCAACAAAUAAAUCUAUUCACAUUACUUGGUCACAUUAAUUAACAGCACAGAAGCUGUCUUGAUAGAGAAUAUAACAAAACCCCACGCUUUGAGAUCGCCAAACUGUACCACUGAUAAAAGACUGGAUAAAAAGCCGCCACAUAGGAGAAGGUACAGUGAAGCUAUUAUAUCUUUUUACAGACCACUAAAAAACACACCAAAAAUUAAUAAUAAUAACUUCAGCCAAACCCCGCCUCAGAGAAGCUUUAUAGGUUUUUAGGAAUACUGUGUGGCUAGAUCUGAUUGUAAAUCCUUGCAAAACCAGAUAAAAAGCAGUCGCACUAAACGGACUUGUUUGACCUUUCCUGACGCCAAUUAAUCCCCGGAGACCAAACAAUAAGGCAAGCCAUGAUUGAUUUACGACGUGGCAGAGAGAGGACGGUGCUGGUGCUGGUAGCUGUCGUGUGUGUCACAUGGCUCACUGUCCGCUACAUGUACCAACCGAAGUCGAUGCCAGUGCUGCAGCCUCUGCAAAAUAUUAAAGUGCAGCGUAUGAAUGCUCCUCAAAGUACGAUCAGGCCUGGUGGCUUGUCUAACCUCCAUCCCAGUGUCAAUGUGGUCAAGUCUUACCCGAGCGGGGAGCUGCCUUACAACGACUGCGUCCCACUUCCGGAAUCUCCGAGGGCUGGUGUGAAGAUAUGUGUGUACCCGUCACAGAAUGAUAUCUACGUCUCCAAAGAUCUGAAGGAAGGACGGCUGUUUGAGCGUCAUCUCAUUCGUCAGAUGGCUGAUGUGCUUCAGUCUGACCCAACGCUUCAGUUCAUCGACAUGGGCGCCAACAUAGGAAUCUACACCAUGUUCGCUGCAGCGUGUGGCAAGACCGUCCUGUCAGUGGAGAUGUUGCCGGCCAACAUCCACCAGAUCCAGCACUCACUAGCGGAGAGUGGGCUCAGUAACCAGGUCACACUGGUCAACAAUGCACUCUUCAGUGACCACCGCUCGCUCACAGCUAACUUCAUCAGUGGCAACGUUGGAGCUACUCAUCUGAACGUCUCCAAGACAGAUUUUGCCAAGUACGGCAUGCGGGAAGAUAAUAGCCAUACAGUCACUGUCAAAACCAUCUGCAUUGAUGAUCUCAUCCCGCUGCUCAAGUCAAAGAAAGUCUUCAUCAAGAUCGACAUUGAGAGAGCGGAAGCCAAGGCACUGUCAUGCGCACACAAAUUCUUCGAUGAAGUCGACGUGAGAGUCAUUCAGAUGGAGUGGAUGGCGAAAUCGAAAGAUGAAAUCAUCAGUAUCAACCAAUUCAUGCUUGAGCACGGCUUUAAAGCGUCCAAAAGUGGCAUGAAAUAUAUUCCAGAAAAUACAAAUGUAGCAACCACCGGUUCAAAUAAUGUUUUCUUUAUAAAAGCGUAAACUUACUC